GGCGCCCGCCGCGUCGUCUGCCGCCAGCGGGUGCUCGCUCCCCUCCUCCCGACCCGAAGUGAGCUGCCGGAACUGGGAGAUGCCGGGCAGACGCUGAGGUCCUGCGUUACCCGUCCGUGUCCGCUGAUCAAAGGAAUAUACAGUCAGACUUUGCAUGGCAUGAGGCAGAAACAGGAUUUUCUAGCAGGUUGCCUACUCGUGAUGAUUCCACCAUCUGCAACAACUCCUGUCAGCGAUGCUGCACUCUUGCCAAGUGUGGCUUCUCAGGAAAUCUGGAGGUCGCAAGUUCCAGGCUAUUCUGGAUCAGUCACACAGCAUAUAAGUCAUCGGGCCAACAACUUCAAGAGACAUCCAAAAAGGAGAAAAUAUAUUCGCCCUUCGCCACCGCCACCACCAAAUACUCCAUGUCCUAUUGAUCUGAUUGACUUUGGAGACCUACAGCCUCAGAGGUCUUUCCUAGAACUCCUAUUUAAUGGGUGCAUUCUCUUUGGGCUUGAGUUCAGCUAUGCCAUGGAAACAGCCUAUGUCACACCUGUGCUGCUUCAGAUGGGUCUGCCAGACCAACUGUAUGGAAUGGUGUGGUUCAUCAGCCCUAUACUAGGGUUCUUGCUACAGCCUUUGCUGGGGGCCUGGAGUGACAGAUGCACAUCAAGAUUCGGGAGGAGAAGGCCAUUCAUUCUGGUCUUAGCAGUAGGUGCAUUGCUUGGGCUCUCACUUAUGCUGAAUGGCAGAGAUAUUGGGAAUGCCUUGUCUGACACUGUGAAUAACCACAAAUGGGGGAUCAUCCUUACAGUCUGUGGUGUUGUCCUCAUGGACUUCAGUGCAGAUUCGGCAGACAAUCCUAGUCAUGCCUACAUGAUGGAUGUAUGUGGCCCAGUGGAUCAAGACAGGGGCCUCAACAUCCAUGCUUUGUUAGCAGGUCUUGGAGGUGGCUUUGGUUAUGUUGUUGGAGGAAUACAUUGGGAUAAAACCAGUUUUGGAAAAGCUGUGGGAGGGCAACUGCGUGUCAUCUAUGUCUUCACCUCAAUUAUACUGACCAUCACUACUAUGCUGACUCUAAUUAGUAUUCCAGAAAGACCCCUAGGGUCCUUCAGCAGAAAGAAAAAGGUGAUGAAGAGUCCAAGUCUUCCUCUCCCUCCUUCUCCACCUCUCUUCUUUGAGGAGGCUCUAAAUGAAAACUUUGCUUCUCAUAACUCAGCUCACUUAUAUGCAAGUUUUACAAGUCCUGUUUCCCCUCUCAGCCCACUUACACCCAAAUAUGGCAGUUUUAUCAGCAGAGACAGUUCCUUGACAGGAAUUAAUGAAUUUUCAUCGUCAUUUGGGACUUCAAAUAUUGACAAUGUGCUUAUAGACUGUUUUACAGGUGGACACAAUAGUUACUUAGCACUUCCAGCUAGCUUGCCCAGACAUCCUGUCAGUGUCAGCUUUCCUCAGGUACCAGAUGGCUGUUACCAAGAAGAAAAUGGAAUUCUGGAGCAAGGGGAGAGCAGCAUAACUCUGGGGCCUGACAGCGAGGCACUAACAGUGGGCUCCCUGGAUGCAGUAAAGCCACGGUCAUCAGGUAUUCUGAAAAGACCUCAGACCUUGGCCAUUCCAGAUAUCGUAACAGGACGUUGUCCAGAAAAUAGCAGAAGAAGAAAUGUAACUUUCAGCCAACAGGUUGCCAAUAUCCUGCUGGAUGGUGUUAAAUAUGAGAGUGAGUUGAAUGGAUUGAGUGAGACCUCUGAGCAACCGCUCUCCAUCAGACUUCUUUGUUCAACCAUCUGCCACAUGCCCAAGGCUCUUCGUAACCUUUGCAUCAACCACUUCCUAGGAUGGCUUUCAUUUGAGGGGAUGUUGCUCUUCUAUACUGACUUCAUGGGAGAAGUAGUGUUUCAAGGGAAUCCAAAAGCACCUCACAACUCAGAUGAGUAUCAGAAGUACAACGCCGGGGUCACCAUGGGCUGCUGGGGAAUGUGCAUCUAUGCAUUCAGUGCUGCUUUCUAUUCAGCUGCACUGGAAAAGCUAGAGGAGCGGUUCAGCAUACGGACACUGUACUUCAUUGCAUACUUGGCCUUUGGGCUGGGUACAGGGCUGUCCACGCUGUCCAGAAACAUCUACGUGGUGCUGUCACUGUGUGCUACCUAUGGUGUCCUCUUCGCCACUCUCUGCACGCUGCCCUACUCCCUGCUUUGCGACUACUACCAGAGCUGUGAGUUCACAGGCUUGAAGGCAGAGGGCAUGCGGCGUGGGAUGGGUGUCGACAUCUCCCUGCUGAGCUGCCAGUACUUUUUGGCACAGAUCCUGGUGGCCCUGGCCAUGGGGCCACUAACGGCAGCUGUGGGCAGUGCCAGCGGUGCCAUGUACUUCGCCAGCCUGGUGUCCUUCCUGGGCUGCCUCUUCUCCUCCCUUUGCGUCACCUAUGAGCCAAUACCACCCGCUGAGGAGCUGCCACCUACCGAGGAGCAGCGCCCGCUCCUGCCAUGUGCACAGGAUCAAUAAAUGAGAGAAGCUGCCACAGCAUUUGCUGCCUCAUUGCAUCACCCUUGUCCUUCCCUGUCAUGGUAUGGUGGGCCUUUGCACCCCCAGGAUGGUAGUGGAUGGUGGUGGGAUGUGGGUGACUGUGCUGGCAGUGGGCAUGGGAAACCACAGAAAGAUAUGCACCAGCUUUGCUGAGCUUUCCCCUGCCUGUGGGAGGGCACCACUCCACCUUCCCCUGAGGUGGAAGAGUCCCAUUUAUGUCCCCAGGGUCCAUGGCUACAGCAGUGGGAACCCUAGGUGGCAGCCUGGGACCUUCCCCUCCAGCCACCCUGCAGCAGCAUGAUUCCUGGGGGAAACAAUGUUGCCUGGGCUGAGGCAGGGAACACACAAUUCCAUUGCCCAGGCCGGGGGACCCCAGUCUCUUGGGUGUCAGCAAGCUAUGGGGCUCCACUGCCGUGGGAGUGUUGUGACUGCAGUACUUUACCAGAUUUGUGAGCAGAAGGUUCCUUUUCAUUGCCUGGCAGAGUGGCCUGGCUCUUGGUUGCUGAGGGCUGUGGAAACUCCUGCCAGGGCCUCAAGGAACAGUGGGGACAACCCAUGGGUCCCAGCCUCUACCCAUGGGAGGCCUGGCCCUGGAAGGUACUUUUCAAAACUUUGGAAAGUUUGAGAGUAACUGGUCUUGCUUUGGUAGUGCAAGUACUCUUUUAAGGGCUGUCUCUGGGCUCCUAGGUGUACAGAGCUCCUGCCAGCAGAACUGCUCCAAGAAGUUGCUGGGGGCUGAAACUGCAGGGGGGUGGCUCUCAAGCCCUGCUCUCUAGGUUCUGACUCUGGUCCACGCUGAUGGUUCCUGAUACAUACAUAUUUCUUUCUACAUUAGACUUUUAACUGGGACUAUAAGAGCUUGUGAUGACUUAGCAGGGAGAUGGGCAAUUGUCUGCAAAGUGGCUUUGGGAAGAAAGUUUUUUGCGUCAAGUUCCCUUGGGUAGAAGCUUACACUCAAAAUUAGGUUGAGAAUGUUUUUUAAAAAAAAGUGUGAAAGCCUGUAGCACAUCAUCCUUGUUUUUCAUACAGUUGCACCAUGUGACAUUUUAGUGAUUAGUGAUUUGUCAGCUAGAGCCACAUCCUUUAUAUCUCGUUGCAACUAGUAAGACUUAGUAGAGUUGGACUAGUGGGGUUUCAUUACCUGUGAGAAUUCUUAAUUAUUCUGGUUUUGGAAGUAAAUGCCUGAAAUCUUAUGUAAGUUCCAGUUAAGCUCAGGAGUACUUUAAGUGAAGAGCAAAGAUGAAAACAAGUAAGUUAGAACUAUUCCUAGGAUUCCUAUCAGUCUGCAUUCAUAUUCUAGUAGUUAGCCAAGAUUUACUAUGGCUGAUGGGCAUUUUGGUAUCAAAAGUGCCAUGCAUGGCAUCCCUUUAGAGGCUCUUUUUGUUCUUGUCUACUGGGUCCAAAAGAAGCAGUUUCUCUGGAGGCUCUCUCUUUUUUAAAUGACUGUUCACCUCAGUGAGUUUUUGUUGUUGUUUUUUUUUUAUGCUUGAUGUGUGAUGCCAAGAAGAAAUAACUUCUGUAAUAUUUAGCUGUUGUGACUUACUAUACUCUACUGCUUGAAAGCAUAAUGCACAACUCGUAAGAAGCUCUCACUUUUAUAAUCAGUGCCCUGGUAUUUUUUUUUUUUAUGUGAGAGGCAAGUUUCAUGCUAUUCAGUAUUUACUUAAAUGGAGGAACACUACAGAAGUUAUGAAGUCAAGCAUUCAGAGACAAACGAAUAUCAGGUUGAUGACUGUUCAUCUUAAUUUUCCUUAUUUGGGCUUACAUUUCCUGACCCAGUGUCACAUCUGCAGGAACAUCUGUGACAUGUUGUUUCCUUUAUAAUGGGGCAUGUCUCCAAGAAUGUUCGGGAUAAAACUGGCACCUGGUGUAUGAGCAGUACAUCUGGCACUUCGGAGUGUCUGAUUUCUAGCAAUCUGACUAAUUGGCUUUGUGGAAUUUUUCUUGGUCUGCUGUGUAACCUUAUUUUCUCCUCCUUAUCUUACCAAACUUUUAAACUCAAAACUGAUUGUUUUGUUCCCACAAUGUGAUAAUUAGUUCUCAAAAUGCUUUCUCCUUUUAAGUUUUGUAGACAGCAUUGUUGCACUGAAUGGAUCAUGAGCACUUUCCUUUUCUAAGUAGCUGGAGUUGCAGAUCAUUGUGUGUUGCAAACAACAAUCUUAAAAA